AUGGCUUCGCGCUCAAAUGUUAAGCUAUGCUCUCCGGUGCGUAAUCGCUCACCAUCCGAAGGUGUCACGCGUAGAAAGAAAGCCCAACCAGAUGUCGAUAUUCCGUCCUCGGACUACACAGACCUGGCAAAAGAAAUACGUCUUCUGCGCCAAAAUAUGUCUGGGCUUCAUCUAAAGCUAUCGGAAGCCAUCCAGUCUAUACAAGACUGCUCUAAAAGAAUGGACGAUGUUACGACUAAAAUGGAAUUAAUGGAGGAGCGUCUCACAUCUUUAGAAAACCAGCAAGCUAAAGAAAACACGGAACUAAAAAACCAGGUCGCAGCGCUUAUUGAUAAAGUUAAUUUUCAAGAGCAACUUAUGCUAAAGAAUGAGGUUGAAGUUGUUGGUGUCCCAGAAACAAAACAUGAAAGUCUAGCACAUACUGUCAAGGUGAUCAGUAACAAAAUUGGUGUUACGGUAACUGAUGCAGAACUAGACUCGGUAAUGAGAGUGGGCACUAGAAACACAACCAGGCUUAAUGUUAUCCGUCCCAUUGUUGUGAGAUUCCUACGAAAAGAAAAAAGGGAUGAAUUUAUUUUGGCUGCCAAAACACGUAAGAAUAUUAAUUCAAAAGAUGUAACCCCUGACUCGCCAGAGCACACUAUUUUCAUAAAUGAAAGGCUAACUAAACAAAAUAGGCAUUUAUUUCGUGAGGCUAGAUUACGCUCUAAACAAGCCAACUUUAAGUACUGUUGGACGAAAAAUGGCCUCAUUUAUGUGCGACAAAGAGAAGGGAAAGCUGCUAUACUUAUUCGUUCUGAUGCAGACUUGGACAACGCAUUCAAACCUUCAAAUGACAGCCCCGGGAAUGCAGAAAAUUAA